CCUUGUAGAUUGAUAACCCCCUGGGUAAAAGUGUGAUUUCAAGUCACUGCCAUUCUUUCUCUGUGCCAUGAAUGAACUCAUAACAAGAAUAAGGUGACCCAGCUGAUCCAUCUAGACUUUACAUCAUGGCGAAGUUAGCCAGGCGAGAGGCCCCUGGGGAAACAUCUUCCUCUGUUCUCUUGCCAAACAAUCUCGAAGAUGGCAGUCUAUCACAACCCAGGAUCCUCUCGGCAAUCUCUUCUGGGAUUGGAGCCUCCAGUCUGAGAGGGGAUAUACCAGCAAAGACAUCCAUCACAUGGAGACAAAUUGUGACAGUAGCAGUUCUCUGCUUUGUGAAUCUCAUCAAUUAUAUGGACCGAUUCACCAUUGCAGGCAUUCUCCUUGACAUUCAAAAAGCCUUCAAUGUCGGAGAUGUUGGAGGAGGCCUGCUCCAAACACUCUUCAUUGUCAGUUACAUGAUUUUUGCUCCCGUCUUUGGUUACCUUGGCGAUCGGUAUAACCGCAAGUGGCUGAUGGCCUUUGGCGUCUUCCUGUGGGGUGUAACUACAUUAGUUGGCUCCUUUAUGGAAAGUUUUUACAUGUUCGCAUUGUGUCGUGCAAUGGUGGGAAUUGGGGAGGCAAGCUAUUCUACCAUCUCCCCGACAAUCAUCAGUGAUCUCUUUGUGGGGAACAUGAGGUCCCGCAUGCUGGCCGUCUUCUACUUUGCCAUACCAGUUGGGAGUGGAUUAGGGUACAUCAUUGGGUCGAAGGCAGCUGCGCUGGGAGGUGAUUGGCGAUGGGGGUUGCGGGUGACUCCUUUCCUGGGAGCUGUGGCCGUGUUCCUCAUCCUGUUUGUCAUGAAGGAUCCUCCAAGAGGGGAGUCAGAGGGGGCAUCCAAUCUCCAGGCUACUUCCUGGAGGGCAGACAUCAAAGCUCUUUCAUCCAACAAGAGCUUCAUGUUGAGCACGGCUGGGUUCACUUGUGUGGCAUUUGUGGCUGGGGCAUUGGCCUGGUGGGGCCCAACUUUCAUCAUCAAGGGAAUUGCUGCUCAGGCUGGAUCCUCAGGGAAAGCCCCUGAGAAUGAUGAGGUGGCAUACAUCUUUGGGCUGAUCACAAUGAUCUCAGGACUAAUUGGAGUGCCACUGGGUGCUGGAUUGGCACAAUACCUUCGGACAAAGUAUCCUCGGGCAGAUCCACUCAUUUGUGCCGUGGGGCUCUUACUGUCGGCUCCUUUCCUCUUUGCAGCCUCCCUUGUUGCUCACACUGACACAAAAGUUGCAUUUGCCCUCAUCUUCUUUGGGGAGCUCUUCCUCAAUCUCAAUUGGUCCAUAGUUGCUGACAUCCUCCUUUAUGUGGUGAUUCCAACGAGGAGGUCUUCUGCAGAGGCUUUCCAGAUCUUGAUAUCACACAUGUUUGGAGAUGCUGGGAGCCCUUAUCUCAUUGGACAGGUAACAUCUCCAGGAGUACUUCAUAUCUCUCCUUCAUUCUUAUCAUUGGCACAGAAUGUAACACAACCUAUUUCCAAGGAUAUUGAGGAUACCAAGGAUGCUGAAGAUCCUCUGGUAGCAUUUAGGCGACUGCAAUAUGCCCUGUUCAUCUGUGUAUUUGUUGAGGUCCUCGGUGGCCUCCUUUUCGUCGUCUGCUCUUGGUACGUCGUGCGGGACAAGCGCAAGACAGACAGAAUCAUUGCAGGUCUGGAGGGAAUAGCCAUGAGUGAAAGCCCACCCCCUCCCUAUCCAGGCCCCUCUCUGCAGUCCUAAUAUUUUUUGUUUUAGCAUGUCCUAAAUUGGCUCUUUUCCAGUCUUCCAUCUUACCUAUGCAUUCCAUGAAAUCUUUCUUUCAUCCUCAGUUACUUGUACUGUUCUGUUCCUUGUUGUGUUGUGUCUUUCUUAUUGCUUUCAAUUUUUUUUUUUGCAUGCUGGACUUUUUAUGCCUGCCAUCUGUGAUACAUCUUGGCUCUAUGAAAAAACCUGUGUUCAGGAAUCCAGGCUCAAGGUAAAUUGGAGUGAGAAAGGUGCUGUUGCAUGAUACCAGGGAGGAGAGAAAAAGCUAGACCAUUGGUUCUAAUCAUGUGGUUGCGUCAUGUGGGUGUGAAUGUGCGUCUAUCUCCUCUCUCUAUCUCUGGUCGGUAUAUAUAGGCACGGAAGGUUCGGGGGAAAGCACGGAGGGUUUGGUCCCCGCCGAUUCACCUCAGAUCACCUGAAAUUCCCCCAUUCAACCCCAUAUGAUCCAGAAACGGGCCCAAGGCGGUGGGGAAGGAAAGGAGAGAAAGCGGGAGAAACCGAAGCAUUCCGUGACUGUUCUUUGCUAUCCCCCUAUUUGACCUUACAACAUGGUCUCAUUCACACUGCCAUCGCCAAGUCCUUUUUUUUGCUCCCUCCAUCAGAGGAGGAGUUGCUAGCACUGUGAUAUAAUUGUUGUUCUGGGUUUAAGUGGGAGUGCCAGCUAUUUUAAUGUCAUAUAUAUUUUUAUGUUAUCUUGAUGUCUUGUUCGAUGGAAUAUAGAUGAGUUCAUUGUCUGUA